CGAACUUCACCAUUAAAUAUCUGCUCUAAAUAUUUCCCCCCAAAAGCACAAUGGGGAAUUUCCUAAUCCCCAACUCACCCGCUCUUACACUCCCCAUCUCUUCUACACCCAUAAUUGCCUCCUUCAAGCCUAUGCACUUGCCAACGUCGCCUGCCAUUAGCCUCGUCCGAGACAGACGAACGAUGAGAGGUUCGACUUUGGUCACACGCGCGGGUCCCAGCACGACUAGCUAUGUGUUUGCUUUCGUGUUUCCUCUCUCUCUCCUCAUUGGUACCAUCUUCACCUCUAUUAGAAUUGCUGAUAAGCUUGACAGAGACUAUCUGGAGGAGCAGCUUGCAAUUAAUCAAGCAAUCAGGGAAGCAGAUGAAGAGGAUGAUGGUGAUGAUGUUGACAUUCCCUUGGAGGAUGAAGCGCAGCAGCCUGCACUUCAAGGCUCGCGAACUCGCAACCGACCUAAACGGGAGGCCUAGGCGCUUCCAUAGGCAUAUAUAUGCUUGUACUUAUAUAUGAUUUCUUUUUCUUUUUUCUCGCGUUGUAUGCAUUAGUACACACCAAUUAGAAAGCAGAGCAUACUCUUAUAAUAGGGCUCUUCCACUCGCCUAAAUGUUUUUCUGGAUUA